AUGCUCCCCACGGGAGGAAAGGGAGCAGAGGCCCACGCCUGGCAUUUGGACAUGCAGCUGAGCAGUAAGGUGGUGCUGUCCGCAGCUGCGCUGCUCCUGGUAACCGCAGCUUACAAACUCUACAAGUCCAGGCCUGUCCUAGCUGGGCAGGCGGGGAGAACUAACAAGGGUCACAAGGCAGAAAAUGAAACAGAGGGCUCGGAACAACUUGCCUACCAGGAGGCUCCACUGGGGAGGGGUCCGAGACGCAGGAAGUUCAGCAAAGGGGCUGGGGCCGCACUGGACUACAGCUUGGAGGAUCCAGAAGACUCCUGCAUCCCGGACACUUCUAGAUCUGAAGGGUCCACAAGAAAAGGGUCUGAUGAAAGUCAAGGCAGGCAGCGGCCAGACUCUCAGCAGGUGCCUCCUCCCUGCGGUGGCCAGGAAGCCGGAACAGAUGUUAGAGGUAAGCCCAACCCUCCCCACCUCCCUCAUUCAGGGGAACCUACAAGCUCCCCUGCCAGACUUGUCCCAGGAGUGGGUGGCAGCUGUGUGGGUGACAAGCUCUCUCCAUGGCCAGACGGCAGACCCCCAGAGGAAACAGGGUCUGGGGACCUGGGAGCCCCCAACGGUUGGACUGACCCCACACCGGUCUAUGGUGACAUGAACCAGAGUUGGAUCUUUACCCACAUGACAGGGGUCAGCAGGGGAGAGGCUGGGGCCCUCCAGGCUGCUGCAGACAUGGGCUUGGCCACACAGCAGCAGGAAGGAACCACCAGUGCUUCCCAUACCUUCUCAUCUGUGGCCCGGAUCCGGAUGGAGGAGAGUAUUAUACAGAAGGCAGAGGGACCAGAGCUGAAGGGCAGAGUGUAUGACUACUUUGUGGAGUCCACAUCGAAAGCUGUCUCCAGGCUGGUCCCCUGCACGGCAGCCCUGGCUGAUGGUCCAUUCCCUGGUCCUGGUCCAGAGCCCCUGGUCACCGGAGCAGCCUUCAGUGACCAAGCUGCUAACACAGCUGGUCCAGCAUCUGAAACAGCAACCCCACAGCCUCUGCCACCCUCCUCUGCACCGGGCUUCAGCAGAAAAGUGAGCCUCCUGCAGAUCGCAGAGAACCCAGAGCUCCAACUGCAGCCCGAAGGCUUCAGGACGCCUCUUCCUGCCGCCCUGGACCAGAGAGCCCAGCUCAGUUCGGCCUGCAGCCACGGGGAGCCCCGUGUGCAGCUUGUAGCUGGGACCAAUUUCUUCCACAUCCCGCUCACCCCCGCUUCAGCCCUGGAUGUCCGCCUGGACCUGGGCAAUUGCUACGAGGCGCUGACCUUGGCCAAGAGGCAGGGUCUGGAGGCCCUGAAGGAGGCAGCCUACAAGGUAUUGAGUGAUAACUACCUUCAGGUCCUCCGCAGCACAGACAUCUACGGGGGCCUGAGUGGAGCAGAGCGCGAGCUGAUCCUCAGGCGCAGGUUCCGUGGCCACAAGUGCCUGGUGGUGGCAGACAUGUGUCCCCAGGAAGACAGUGGCCGCCUCUGUUGCUAUGACAAUGUGCAGGAUGCCUGGCACCCGCUGGCCCAGCUGCCCCCGGAGGCCAUGUCUCGGGGUUGUGCUCUUUGUACCCUAUUCAAUUAUCUGUUUGUGGUGUCUGGCUGCCAGGGGCCUGGGGGCCAACCCUCCAACCGCGUCUUCUGUUACAACCCCCUGACGUCAAUCUGGAGUGAGGUGUGCCCGCUGAACCAGGCCCGGCCUCACUGCCGGCUGGUGGCCCUGGAGGGGCACCUCUACGCCAUUGGAGGUGAGUGUCUGAACACAGUGGAGCGUUACGACCCUCGCCUGGACCGCUGGACGUUUGCCCCCUCGCUCCCAAAUGACACAUUUGCCCUGGCACACACAGCCACGGUGUGCGCCAAUGAGAUCUUUGUCACCGGGGGCAGCCUGCGCUACCUGCUGCUCCGAUUCUCGACCCAGGAACAGCGUUGGUGGGCUGGCCCUACCGGGGGCAGCAAGGACCGCACAGCUGAGAUGGUGGCUGUCAAUGGCUUCCUCUACCGCUUUGACCUCAACCGCAGCCUGGGCAUCAGCGUGUACCGCUGCAGUGCCAGCACCCGGCUCUGGUAUGAGUGUGCCACAUACCGCUUGCCUUACCCCGAUGCCUUCCAGUGCGCCGUGGUGGACGAUCACAUCUACUGUGUGGGACGAAGGCGCACGCUCUGCUUCCUGGCUGACCACAUCUCCCCCAGGUUUGUGCCUAAGGAGUUACAGGGUUUCCCUUCUGCACGGGGCACCCUUCUGCCUGCUGUCCUGACGCUGCCUGUCCCUGACGUGCCCCAGACUCCUGUCUAGCAGUCCCUCCGCUGGACUCCAUCGAGAUUCAGAGAAACUCCCUGCCCAUCACUCUGAAUAAGAGGCAGGCAGAAACAUGGCCAGCUGUGGAGUGGAGAGUUAUCUCUUCUCCACCACAGGCUAUGGGGCCUUGGAGGAUUCUUUAACAUCCAUGCUACAGUUCUGUGACAACACUGAAGCCAGGGCCUAGCAUUCCAGGACAGCUGGUGUCCCACAACCGCGUGAGUGAUUGACCUGGCACUGUGCUUUAAAUCAGAAUUCCUGGUAGAGGCUAUUUCAGGAUCCCACAGAAAUGUAGGGCGAUGCAUCGUCUUAUCCCAAUCACAGUUCAGGUGCCAGGGUACCUCUUAAAUUGGCUGGCUUUCAGUGAGCUACCACAGACCACCUUCCUAAGCAAUGGUCUCACCAAUUCCUAAGCAUUGAAGCCCACCUUAGAAGCUUCUAGAAGCAUCUGGAGCUCAGGUGUAAAGAACUGAAGGAGGAGGUUUAGCCAAGAGCAGGAAGGAGCCUAGGAUACCCCUGAGGUUUGGCCAGCAGGACAGGCACUGCUAAAGCUGAAAGCAUCUACAGGAACACAUUGUCCAAGUUCCCCCCUUCCUUUGUGGUUACCUCAAGUUCUGUGUGCUGGAAGGAGAAAGGCAGCCAUCUUGGCAGGAGUUCUAUCUGCAUAUUAGUCAGUGCACAAUUGAGGUCUUGGGAGGUGGGGGUGUAGAUACAGUUCCAGGCUCCCUUUUUUGGACCUCUACCAUGCCCACCACCACCCGACCUCAACAGUCUCCCCAGAGUUCAGAAUCCUCUCUGCCCAGGCAGGGCAGCCCCCCUGCUCUUCAGCUCACCUGUGUGAUCUCUGUGUGUGUGGCGGCCAUCUCGUCUCCCUGGCUGGAUAAGAAGGACCAGGGAGAGGCAGGUCCAGGAUGGAGCUACGAAGUUGGAGUAUCGAGGCCCUCAAUCUUUUACAUCAAAGGGGACCCAACAUCCAGGAAGAAAGGCAGAGAGCCUGGUCCACCCUGUCACCUCGCCUACCAAGCUGUGGCUCCAUUCUGAGGGAGACAAAGAUGUUGAGAGAAAAGCCAUGGUGCUCUUGGGGACGAGACAAGAGGGAAACCUGACAAGCAGGAGGAUGACAAGAAUGUGGACACUGCCCCUUUACAAACCUUCCCAGAUCCCAGGGGUGGCCACGCAGCUGCGGGAACUGAGGAAGGAUGAGAUUAGAAUGUAGAACGAGGAGGAGUUUUGACAAGAUGAGAAGAGAUAGCUUGUGUAAGGAGACAUUCCCUGGUCCAAGGCCUGGGAGGAGGAACCAGCUGAAUGGCACUUGAAUUGAAAGCUGAGCAAGAAAGGU